CCCCCCCCCCUCCUGUAAAGCCUCUCCUCCUCCAACACGUCAACGGACAAACAGAGAGACAGACACACAGACAGGAUACCUGUGGUUACAACGCUACACUCUUCCUGACACUGCAGAGCUUGAAGAGCAAGUGGAUCACCGUGGAUCAUCGACACCAGGAGCGCACCAGCACCAGAGCCAAGAGCGACAACCCAUCGAUCUGAAGGAGCACUCACAGGACAGUCACCAUGAGCAGAUGUCUGAUUGGCAAAUUGGAGGUGCAAGGCUUCAUCGAGAGGUGUAUGACAGGCGUGGGCACCAAGCCGCAUCAUGCCCAAAGCCUGGCCGAGGUGCUGGUGGAGGGUGACCACAGGGGCCACUACAGCCAUGGACUCAACAGGAUGGACAUGUAUGUUAAGGACAUCCAGACGGGAAUCUGUGCCAAGGACGGUGAGCCGGUGGUGGAGAAGGAGAGUGCAGCCACAGCACUGGUGGAUGGGAAGAACCUCCUGGGUCCUGUGGUGGGAAACUUCUGCAUGAAUCUGGCCAUUAAGAAGGCAAAAGAAGCUGGCAUUGGCUGGGUGGUGGCACACGGUUCCAACCAUUACGGUAUUGCUGGAUACUACGCAAUGCAGGCUCUGAAGGAAAACAUGAUUGGCAUGUCAUUUACCAACACGUCCCCACUGGUGGUUCCCACGCGUGGUAAAGAGUGCACUUUGGGCACCAACCCCAUCAGCGUGGCUGCUCCUGCUAAAGACGGAGACAGCUUUGUUCUGGACAUGGCCACAUCAGCAGUAGCACUCGGAAAGGUGGAGCUCCAUGAGCGGCGUGGAGAUACCAUCCCUGAGGGCUGGGGCUGCGACCCCCAGGGCAAGCUGACCACCGACCCUAAGAAAGUUCUGAGUGGAGGAGGACUGGUGCCCAUUGGCGGCAGUGAAGCCACAGGAGGUUAUAAAGGCUAUGGUCUGGGAAUGAUGGUGGAAGUGUUCUGUGGUAUCCUGGCCGGUGCCCAGUACAGCAAUCAUGUCCGGACCUGGAAAGUAACAGACCGUGUUGCCAACCUGGGUCAGUGCUUUGUUGCAAUCAACCCAGAGAACUUUGCUCCCGGGUUUAGCGAAAGGAUGUCAGACCUGCUGUCCAUCCAGAGAGGGAUGGAGCCUGCUGACCCCAACACUCCUGUUUUGGCUGCUGGAGAUCCAGAGAGGAUGAACAUGAAGAAGUGUGAGGAGCUGGGUGGGAUCCCCUACCACAUCAAUGUUGUCAACUACAUGAACAAAUGUGCCAAGGGAGUCGGUGUCAGCCUGCUUCUGCCAUGUGACAAUCUCCUCUCCGAUUAAAGUCCAGCUAAGACUCUUUCCGUGUUCAGCUUCUGCUCAUCUUGAAGUUCACGUUGAUGUUGACAAUCAUAUUCUUUUCUUUUUAACCACACUCAUCAGGUAAAUACGAGGACCCCUGAAUACAUUUAUUGUGUCUCGAGAUGCAUCCAAAUGUAAAUUCAAGUAUUUCAUCAAGAUGAUGUAUAUCUGAAUCUGAAAUAUGCACCUUCUUUGUCCAAAGCUGUUGUAAGUUGUAGCUUUAUGGCUGACGGGUGGAUGUGAAGGAGUUAACACAGUUUUAGUGAUGCUCUUGAAAGAUCAGCUAAUGUCAUCCUGGGUCAGUUGGGUCAUUCCUUGUUGCUGAGCUGUUACUUUGUUGCAGUUAUAAUGCAGUGCAUUUUUUAACUAGCUAAAAAAAUAUUUUAUUAUACUGAGAAUGAGAAUGUUUAGCUACUUUUAUAAAGUUCAAAUCGAAUCAAGUUCAUCAUAAAAACGUCUUUCUUAAGUGCCUUAUUCAAUAAAAGCCAUAUACACUCAAA